AUAUUUGAAUUAGUUCUGGAGCUCUACACCAAAUCUUAAAUUGAAUUUAUGGAUUACCAGCUUUAUGCAUGUAUAUUUUACUCAUGGUGCUUUUCAGACUUUGAUACAAGUCAUAGUCAGAUCUGUUGUACUGCUUUUCUUUAACCCUUUAAAUCCCAUGUUGGCGGCGCUGCUCCCAUUUUACAAGUAUUAUAAAAUUACAGUUUUUGCAAAUAUUUAUUAUGGUUCAUAUUUUACAUUUUUGUUGUCUAAUAUUUUGUUUAUAUUCAACUCCAGUUCCAAAUUUAGUAAAAUCCUGAAAAAGCCAAGUCAGUUUUUUGUUUUUCUCCACUUUAUUGUUACAUUGUCUAAACACUUAGUUUAUGUCAGAUAUUGCCAUAUAUUGAAAGUUUAGGUUGUUCUGAAGAAAGGGUAAAAGCAAUCUCUCAUAGUAUGAUUUCUGACUCUUUCACAGCCCAAAUAAAAAAAAAUCCAGGCGGCCUAUAUGGCCCUUGGGUGUUAAACAGUUACUGAAGGGUGAAUCAGUCCACUGUUUACUCCAUGCCUGGCUUGACACCUUCUCCUUUCUUUUAUUUUAAAUGUUUUGAUGCCUCUAUCUAUAAAUGAUUUUGUUUCUUUUGUAGUCAACAUUAUUCAUAGGCUAUAAUGGUGACCAUGAGCUUAUAUUGUUAUAUUGAAUAUCACCUGCUUACGUGGUCCAGAGCACAGCAGGUGCUAAGCUGCUGACAUUUGGCUUUGACUAAUACUGAUACAGUGACAAUGAACUAGAGUUGUCUUCACACCUACAUAGUGGUGUCACUCCCACACAGGCCCAUCCAUUACACAAAAAAAACAUGUUUUUUUUGCAAUAAUAUAGUUUAGAUGAGAAAUUAUUUACACCUGGAUUGUGAUCCGUAUGGUUCAACUCCUAGUGGAGAAUGUAAUCCAACACAAAAUCAUGCAUAAUGACAUUCAGAGCUACUUUAAUAAGUGAGUACUGAGGGGCUCUGCAGCAGGUUUGUGACUCAUAAAGCUUCAGUCACGUUGCACCCUGCUGGAAUCCACUGGAAACCCCUGAUAAAGUGUUAUUGCUAAUGUAUAAUAAGGGUCUUUUGAAAGGUGUGAAAAAAACAUCUCUGGUGCAUAAUUUAGAAUCGUUUCAGUACUGAAACAUGUAUCGGUUGUGUUAUUAGUAAAUGUUAGAAAUGAUAUGAGAAAAGAGGUGCUGUGCAGCAGUUAAUGUAUUUUGUGACCGUUAGUAACACACAAACUACUUGGGGAAGAUUUUAUUUUUAAUGUGUAGCCUUCAGAACCCCAAGCAGUUUUCUGGGUGUUUUUUGCACCUGUCAAAAUUUUGCUCACUGUCAACUAUUUUUUCACUGCGAUACAAAGUCCUACAUCUUUGCAGAAACCGCACCACCAUGGCUAUAUGUAAAGAGGGCUCAAACAUGUCUUCUGUGCAGUACAACAAAGUCAUAAUGCCAUAAAUUGUUAAAAAUGCACUAUGAAUGUCUAAUUUUCAACAUUCAUCAAAUAACCUACUAUUGACAAAUUUCCAAUUCCCAAAAGUGUGAUCAAUACUGGAAAAAAUGAGGGCUCCACCUGCUGUACAUAUUUAACUAUUCACAUUUUUGCUACCUUCAAACUAUUUUCUUGAGUUAUGAUGCAAUUAUUUUGUUAUUCAGUCCCUAAUUUGUUUGCAUCCAUAUCUCCUCUCUGCUCUGUGUAAACACAGACUCCAGUUCAGCUGAAUAUUCACAGAAUUUUUGUCACGUGACUGUUGGUGGCAGCUGAGUUGGUCAUGACUCACCAGUUGCAGCAUGAAGUGUAGGAUUGUUAGUUAUUUUGUUUUUUGUUUUUUUAACAGUAUGUGGUGCAGGCGGUUUAUUUUGGCCAAAUUUAUAAAUGAAGCAUCACAAUUUUAAGCUCAAAACUGAUUAAUAUUCCAGUCACAAAGUAAAAAAUUCAACCAUGCUUUCUGUUUUAACAGUUUCUGGUCAAGAUAAUUUGUAUGAUUUUGAUGAUUAUUUAUUUAUUUAUUUAUUUAUUUAUUUAUUUAUUUUAAGGAAAACGUGCCAAGCAAACCUGCUGGGAGGUUUUGGGGUUGAGAGAGUUAAUUAGUGAGCACUGACAGGAUUUGCAUUAGAAUUACAACUCGUAUUACUUUAGACACAUAACACUCAAAGCCCCUGAUUAACUAUUAUUAUACAUGUGUGAUGGGGGUCUUAAAAGGACAUCUGUGAUGCAGAAUUGAGAGCUGUUUCAGUACUGAAACAUUUAUUGGUUGUGUUUUGAUUAAAUGUUCUAGUGAUAUAAGCUUAUAGGUGCUUUGCCUUAAUGCAUUUUCUGACCGUCAGUAAAACACAAACCGUUUGCAAAGGAUUUGGUUUCUGCUGCUUGACAUACAUCAUCGCUGUUCCUCUCCCAAACUUCAAAUUGAUUAGGUUCUUUUAAAAAAAUCUACUUUUGUCUUCCUUUUUGUUAGAAUUAGGUGACACAAACAUGACAAUUAUUUUGCCCCUGAUAAUUUCCUGUUGACUUUUUUUCACUCCGAGUAUCUGUUGCAUAUUCAUAACUGUAAUGUGGAUGUGGUGGGAAGGCACCACACCAACACCACUCAAAUAGUCUGAAAACCACAUCCUUAGUCACGCAACUGGUGAUGACGCCUUCACUGUGACAGCCUCAGCGCUGUUCCACUCACUUUUCUCACACAGACAUCAGUAGUUUAGUGACUCGGUUUGCUUGUUCACUGAUUAAGUUGGAGUAUUUUAAAAUAAAAAGUUUCAGCUGCUGUUUCCGCCUGUCUGCCCAGCGGCUGAUAACAGUGGGUCGUCCCCAUGGCUUUCAAACCUCUGUUCCUAUUGUUGCUGUGGGGCCUCACUUGUUUUUUUCACAGCGUUGCGUCUUUGUGCAAUGUCACCUGCUCAACAGACUACGAUACGUCAGUGAACUGUUCCUGUUCAGGCUUGAUGCCGACGUAUCCUGUCCUCCUUGAAAUUAGUUGCAAGCGCAAGUUGAUGGAUGCAGUACUUGAGGUUAAUGGCAGCUGUGUUAUCAAUCCGCCUUCCUCCUGGUGUGAAAUGAUACUGGAUACACUUGAUGACGUUACAUCCAUUGGUUCAAUGUGCACUACGACAGUCGGUGAACAAAAUAACCAAGUAAUGACGAACAGUGAGUCAUCCACCUGGGCACUGAGUGAUGUGGUGAAACCUUCACCUCCUUUCAAUGUUCAAGUGGCAAACAUGGAUGAUUUCUACAACAUCACUUGGGACAGCCACAAAAAAAACUUGUAUGAUCUUGCAUACACGGUGCGCAUAAGAGAAAGUAGAGACUUGUUAAAGGAUCCAGUUCUUACCCUUCCAGUGAAUGAGAUGUACUUACCAUUACAACACAAGCGACUGGAACCACAUGUCAGCUAUACCGUGGAUGUUCAGGCCAGAGUGUAUUCUACGGUCUAUCGGGGUCCAUGGAGUGAAUUUAGUCCUUCUGCCGAAUGGAGAACAACAGGAACUGCUGCAGAAGUUGAAGGAAUUGCUCGCUCUUGGUGGUUUGUGUCGCUUCCCAUCACUCUUCUCCUUUGCCUCCUAUUGCUGGGUUAUUUCCAAAAACCGUGUUGGCAAAAAAAGCUUGAGCUGAUUACCUAUGUCCCCAAGCCCAAUGAGUUUUUCAAGCCCCUGUACCACAACUAUGAUGGAAACUUCAAGGAGUGGGUGAAGCCUGUCUUCAGCGAGUACGAUUACCUAAUGAUCAGCUCCAACGCUCAGGUGAUCAGCGAGACCCAGCAUGACGUCCUUCAGUGGAACAACAAGAAGCAAAGCUACACUGAGGACAGCGAGACGAAACAAGUCGGAGGCUCUUUUGUCAAUAUGCUGCAGCCUCCCAGCAACCCGCUGCUGCACCUCCAGGAUGGCGGCAGUUCGCAGGGUACCAGCCACUCCACGGGCCACAUCUCUAUCCAUACUGUCACCCUCUCCGGAGAAGAGUUUGAGGAGGAGGUCUCAUCACAGAGCUCCAUGAACACCCUCAGAAGUUACCAAGAUGGAGAAAGCUUCGGUUCAUUUGAGGAAGACAACAGAGAGAAUGCUGGUUAUGAUUCGGAUGAACCUCAAAUGAACGGGAUGGCUCGACAACAUGAUAUAAUCAGUGACCUGUUGGUGGAAAAUAUAAACUUUGAGCAACAUGCCCAGUUUAAUGAACCAGAGAGGGUAUCGCUGGACUCGUUUGUGUCGAACGAGCAGUCAGAAGACGGCUACCCUCACGUAGACUUGGACACCAUUGACAGUGGUUUUGGAGAGUGCAGCAGCCCCGGCGCCUCAGACUCAAACACAGCAGAGCACAAGGACUCUGAUUUAUUCCAGGAGCACAAAAAUUCAAAUUCAAACUAUGUCAAGCAGUGGAUGAUAUGUAGCACAAUUCAGGAAGACUCCGGCAACUUGGAGAAUGAAGCCCAUGAAAUCCAGUGAUCAUAGUUUCUGAUUUACUGCUACAGUUUGGUUUGUUGUGCUGUGAGAGGUGUAUUUAAAACAUGGACAUAAUAGUUAACAUUUUUACAACAGAUACUUUAAUGAAAGUAGAUUCUAAGUGUCCUGGCAGUGUGUAUUCCAGUGUAUUUGGCCAGUCUUGUAUAUAAUCUAGUUCCUAUUUUUACACAUUUUUAUGAUGACUUGAACUUUUAAGAGACAACAGAGAGAAAGGAAUAUCAUGUGUGAAGACUGGACUCUGACAGCACAAAAAUCAUACAUUUUCCUUAACAGACUCCACAGAAAUGCAACCCCAGAUGAAAAUGUUGCAUAUUGCUUUAAUGUCUACAGCUUCGUUUUGUCACUGUAUGUACACAUUCAAAUUCUCGUGGUCUUGCAUGCUUUAAUGGUUUGAACUGUAGCACGAGCAUGCAUGCUGCCUUAUCAAGAUGUCUGAUAAUGUCUGUUUUCCUUGCACAUGCAUUUCACCAGUAACCACUGUUACCAGUUUUUGUGCAGUGUCAGUAAAAAGUGCAAACUGUUCUAAUCUGUUAAUGUGAGGUGAUUAUUUCACUGGCCUUGACCAGAUUCAUCAGAAGGAACUUGAGAAACCCACCAACUUUGACAACCUAUGCUGUGGCUUUAAGUUAUAUACAGGCUGUCGCUGUCUGUUUUUCAUCAGAUAGAAAUGUUUUACAUGUAUUUUACUCUUGCUGAUGUACGUACACAGCUGAAGAAAACUUGUCUGUGCAGUCAUUUUAGUUUACUGUUUUAGUGGGAAAGAUAGAACCUAAAAACACACACAUUGUCAGAACUAAUGUCAGAGUGUCUGAGGGUGGAUUUUUCCCCUUGAAAUGCCUCCUAAUGACAGCUGUUGUGGGAGGGGAGUGUUUGAGAUAUAUACUUUCCAAGCCCAGUCCAGAAUUUCCGUUCCAGCUAAUAUGCACAGUGUUGUGCAUCCUGUAUGUACAACAAAACAGCUGAACAUCAACAUUGCAGUCCUACAACAUUCUGGCUUAAUAUUUUUAAUCAUAAAGUAAAAUCUAUAUCUGCAUGGAGUCCCAUUUGUAAGUACAGUGACUUGUGUUUUUUUUGCCUCUGUACUGUGUUACAUUGGACUGGAAUCAAACAACGAUCAUGAUAAACUGCGGAGUUUGAGUGUUCAGACUGA